UGGAGGCAAUUUCACGUUGGUCAGAUCACAUUCAGUCAUCGAGUGGAUCCUACGUGAAUUUCUCUGCCAGUGAACAGACAUUUUAGUGAUACACAAAUUUAAAGAAUUGUAAAGAAAAAAGGCGUUUCCCCCUAAAAACCACGUAGUGUUGUAAUCCAGUCACUCUGACUAUCACCACGCGACAUCCCAUCCAGUAAUCUCUCAACUGCCCAGAGAUGAAGUACCUCCACGUUGUCGGAACGAUUCUUUUCAUUGGCGCCUUCGUGGCUGGUGCUCCGGAAAAUAAACCCCUGAGGGCAAUUGCUGUGCUUAGCCAAUCGGAUACAGUCCGAGGAAAUAUUACAUUUUCCCAGCCUUCCUGCACUGAACCCACCUUCGUGGAGAUUUCCAUUGAAGGACUCCCACCAGGACCUCAUGGUUUCCACAUUCACGAGAGGGGAGAUCUCUCAGGUGGAUGCGGUUCUACAGGCAGUCACUUCAAUCCAGAUAAGUUGCACCAUGGAGCUCCCAAUGACGAAAUCCGUCACCGCGGCGAUUUGGGCAAUGUCCAGGCUGAUCAGAACGGACGUGCCUUCACCUCCUUCAGCGACCACGUGAUCAGUCUCAAUGGUCUGAACAGUGUCAUCGGACGGGCAGUGGUUGUCCAUGAAGCCGAGGAUGAUCUCGGCCGUGGAAACAAUGCAGACUCCAGAAAGACUGGCAACGCCGGCGGACGACUUGCUUGUGGAGUCAUCGGAGUGGCAUCGCAUGAGGAAGAAGAAUGGCCAUGCAGUGGCAGUGGGAAAAUUCUAAAUUCAUUCUCAUUUAUCAUCCUCUUAGCUGCAUUGAUAUUUUCAGUGUAAUUUUCCAGAGAGUACCAUCGAGGGAGAAAAUAUAAUACUAACCUAUUUAUGGGUUAAUUCACUUGUGCGCAACAUUAUUUAAUAAAUUAUUGAUUAAUACAGGGAAA